GAAGCUAACACAUAAAAUAAACGUGCUCACGCCUCACUUUGUCUGGUUUGUUGACGCGCAACACAAAGAGCACCAUGGGCAAACAUCAUGCUGGACGUCUCGUCCUCAUUCUGCUGUCUGUCUUCUUCUACGUCCUGAGUCUGCUUUUCAACGGCCUCUCUGUUCUGGCAUUAAGUCCUUUCCGCACCACCACAGGCAACGUGUCCGAUGUCUUUGACACGGAGAUCACGCCUUCAGGAUGGACCUUCAGCAUCUGGAGCGUGAUCUACGUGUGGUUGACCCUCAUGCUCAUCUACAUCCUGGCUAACCUUUGCAGAAAGAACGCCUACGGUUACGUUUACUGCAGCCCUCCAGUCUUGCCUUAUGGCUUCUUCCUGUGCUGGUGUCUCAAUCUGGUCUUCAAUAUUUCCUGGCUGCUGGUUUGGGAUCGAGGGCUGAUGAUUGCGGCGCUGGUUUUUCUCAUCCUGGUCGCCGGCACCAACUACGCCACCAUCACCUUCGCCUGCCACGGCCUCCACGUUUAUGGACCCUGGCUGAAGAAGUACCACAACGCAGACCUGUGGCUCAUUCGCAUUCUGGUUCAGAACGGCGUGAUGAUCUACACAACCUGGACCACCAUCGCCACGCUGAUCAACCUGACCAUUGUGCUGACGUACGAAGCCAAGAUGGCGCCUGCUGACGCCGCCACCGUCUCGUAUUGUGCCCUGACCCUCGUGCUGCUCGUGUGGUUCUUCGUGGAGAACGUGGUCCUGGACAAACACGUGCGCUACAUCCUCAUAAACUACCCGGUGGUGAUCUGGGCGCUGGCAGGGAACUUUGACAAGAACUACGAUGCGGCGGCACCAAGUCGCAGUGGCAUCUUCAUCGUCGUGCUGUUGGCCGCGGCGUCCUUGAUGUUUGCCGUACGCCUGGUUCUUGUGUUUUGGCGUCACUGCAAACAGCCGCUCUACGACAACGUCAGCCCCGAGGCCAUGGAGCCCAUGGAGGCUGCUCAGAACCAAAGGAAGGCACUUCGAUAGGUUCUGAUAGAAGUAGCUGGCUACUGCUGUUUCCUAAACUUUUAAUCAUUAACAGGAUAUGAUUAUCUUACAUGAGCUUUUAUUGUUCCUGGAUGAUCUCUGAACCUUUAUGCAAGUCUUACAUACCGAUCAUAAACACUGCAUGCCUAUUCAAUUACGCUCCAGUUCUCAUGUCAAUGUAUUUAUUUGGAGAUAAACUCUCUCCAAGAUACUGUUCUAAAAGGAGUAUUUGCAAAUACUUAUUUAUGUUAGAAUAAUUGUAUCUAAGUUAUCACAAAACUUUGUGUUGCCACGAGUUCCCGGCGAGAAGACAAAAGCUGUCGUUAAUCCUACCAAGAAGAAGACUUGUAAAACUCCACUGCGUAGGAUGGGAAGCAACUUGAAGGUGUUCUGUUUCUUUCUUCUGUUGUAAUCCACAGAAAGAUUUUGUCUUGACCCAAGAACUACAAAGCGGAGAGGAAGCAGGGCCUGACUCCCCUCAUGGCGACCUUUGCUUUGAACUGUUUUAUGACCUUUUCUUUGAACUGUUUUAAUCAAAGGCAAUGGCUGUUUACGACCCCCGUCCCUUAGAAACAGCUGUUGCCAUGUAAUCAGGGAAAGUCCAAAUAAAAGAGGAGGCGUGCAAUCUUUCGCCAGAGCGUGGUGAGACUGUUCAAGAGUACAGUCCAGACGUCUCUCCUCAA